AUGUGGUGUGGGAAGCGGCGUUGCUCGUCCUCGGAGGUGCUGCUGAGUGUCCUGUGUCUGACCCUGCUGGCGGUGUGUGUCAGCCUCAUUAUCAUCAGCUGGCUCGCCUUGCAGACUGACCGUGAGAAAAUAGUUUUGUUUUCUUUCCUCCUAACCCAUUUCUGUCAUUAAAACGGUCAAUAUAUUUGUUUAGAAAUCAAAUGUAAUAUUGUAUACUGCAUAUGACUUUUGGGUAAAACAUAUCAAUUUUCCACUCCAUAGUUUUGUUUCUGAUCUGUUGGUCAUGUAUAGAGUGAAAGGUGUCAGUCACUGACAGUAUGUGUGUUUGUCCCAGUGGACCAGGGUGGACUAGGUGAGACUGAGUCUGUGUUCAGUGGGAGGCUGGUCAUUACGAGGGGUGCUGUGUUUACUAAGGAGCUGAGAAACAGGAACAGUCUGCAGUUCAAGUCCCUGGCCUUCGACACAGAGCAUCUGGUAUGUCGGGAUUCCAUACACAAAUGAAUCGUUCUCCUGUCCACUCUCCUACACACUUUAGUCAUAAAUUAUAAAUACUAUAUUUUCUCACAGAUAUCUGACGCUUACGGCCGUGGCUCCCUCAAUAAUGACUUCAAGGCCUGUGAAGUUUUCGAUUUCAGGUGAGACAGUAUGUGUAUAAUGAUAUUUACAAAUGACAACCUCAUAGCAUAGUGACAUAUACUGAAAGUGACAAUGUCAUUAUACAAUUUCUGACCAUAAAUCCCCCCAUGUGACAGCAAUGGCAGUGUGGUGGUGAACUUUGACCUGCAGUUCCGUCAGAGUGUGGAGGUGAAGGAGGCAGAGCAGCAGUUGGUGGCUGGGCUUCAGAGCACUGGGGGCCUGGUGGUUGACAAAAAUAACAUCCAGGUCACAGGUAUAGGUGUAAAACAACCUACCCACACCUUACAUACCGGUACAUGA